GUAAGACCCGGGGAAAGAAGCCAAUCACUAGGAACGCCAAGGCGGCGCAGACCAUCUGCUCGCGAGGGUAGCGGAUUAUCGGAUGACGCUACUACAUCGGGUGAAUGUCAACGAACUUCCUCGGAACCACCUCAAGGCGGAAACAGGCGACGCAGGCAGGGACGUGAACCGGAUCCAGACGGUGAGUCGCGAGAAAGAGGAACGCCAUCACAUCCGGCACGAACACACUGGGGAAGGGGCUCGGGAGGAACGGAUACUCCGGGUGCCGAUGACCGAGCGACCAGGAACGGGGACGCUGGAGGAAGCAUGGAACCUGGCGCCACGGGGAACAGAAGCGAGCACCCUCGUUCCAGUACCAGAUGCGGAGUGUGCUCGGGUGAGGGUGCACGGGUGCGGGGACCAACACUCUCGGAGGGACAGCCUGGAGGCGGCGGUUCAAGCUGACCCGGGGCUGCAGCUACGAGCUGAAAGACUGAUAAGGGGGUUAAACGACGAACCCCACGGAGCACGUCCGCUGUACAUCUGGAACCAAGACAGUCCGGGAAUAGGGCCUGCUUUGGACGAUGUCAGCAUGGAUGAUCUCUCACUCAGGUUCCAGACGGUGAAGAAAGUUCAACCUAGGUUUGCUUCCGACCAUGCCCGUCUCCAAACCCACGUGCUCCACCUGGUUAACAAGCAGCUAGCAGAAGGCGGCGGCGCUUCCUCUGCGACCGGGACCCCACUUUCCACUAUCCGGGUCAUCAAACUUUGGUACCUCCUACCAGGGGUUAUAUCGUCAGUUCUUCCUUGGCUGAUUGAGUAUACCAAGGCGGCGAGUGCAAGGAGCAGGGGACCGGCACGGGAAGACACACCCGACGACAAGUUCAAAAGGGCGGCGAGGGCGUGCCGGCACUCUGGAGGCGUGAAGGACGCAGCAAGAGCGCUCCUAGCCGAUCAACCGUCACCGGGGAACGACGAGACAUGGGCACGUCUGAAAGCCAAAUUUCCGCAUGAGGAUCCCGUACAAGUGGAGCAGGCCAUCGCCGAAGCCAUAGCUGCAAGCCGCACCGAGGAGGAGGAAGGAAGCGCCCCGAGAUGGAGGCCAGAAACCGAGUUCGAUCCACAAGUACUCCUUCAAGUCAUCAACAGCAGAAGCUCUAACUCUGGAGCAGGAAAUGACGGGCAAUGUUUCUCCCACCUUAAUNAGUCCAUCGUCAACACUAAAAUUGGUCGGGAAGAGUUCAGCAACGCGAUGUCGUCCCUUUGGAGGAGGCUCAUCAACGAUCCCAACGCGUUCCCACCGGAGUUCUGGACUCUUUGGAAACAAUCCAGUCUAAUCGCCCUCGGUGAAAAGUGCCGUCCAGUGUGCAUUGGAAUGACUUGGAGAAGGCUGAUUGCAGCGGGAACGGUCAGGGAGUGGAAACCGAAACUGGAAGAAAUAUUUCGGGAAGCGGACCAAUUCGGAGUGGCGGCAGCUGGAGUAGUUGAACAAGUUGCGAUGGACGCACAACUGGUUCAUCAGACAGGUCAUUGGGUAGUCCAGACGGAUUGCUCAAAUNAUUUCGGGAAGCGGACCAAUUCGGAGUGGCGGUGUUACGACCAAAUCCCGGCAAAGGCGAUCUACGCGAUGGACUCCGGAGAGCGUCCGACGAUCGAGUGCAAGAGCGGUGUGCAGCAAGGACNUCAGACAGGUCAUUGGGUAGUCCAGACGGAUUGCUCAAAUGCCUUCAACACGGGCAAGCGCACCGCCAUAAUGGCCCAGGCCGCAAAGAGCGUCCCAGAUCUCGUGGGGUACAUCGCCAGGUGUUACGACGAAAUCCCGGCAAAGGCGAUAUACACGAUGGACUCCGGAGAGCGUCGGACGAUCGAGUGCAAGAGCGGUGUGCAGCAAGGAGAUGGAAUGGGACCGCCCCUGUUCUGCUUCAUCCUAGUCCCGAUCGUCUUGAAGCUUAGAGCCAAGUACGACCACCUCGGGGUAAGCUUGAAAGCUUAUAUGGACGACAUCAGCCUGCACUUCAAAAAUAUCACAGCGGAAUUUAUUCAGGUGAUACCGGACCUCGUCAACGAACUAGAAGCAGUGGGCAUCAUCGUCAACAGGGGGAAGAGCUCAGCGCUUCCCCCACCAGGGCACGACGUGACGCCAGCAGAAAGGAGGCUACUUGGCGAUGCAGGCCUACCGAUUGCGGAGGAGGGCAUCACAGUUGUGGGAGUCCCCAUUGAGACGGAUGCCUACGUCGAGGAUAUCGCAAUGAAAGUGAUAACUGAAGGGGGUGCAGACAAGCUUGCUCGCAUGCUGGUGCGCAUGCCAGACAAACAGGUGGCUCACCUCGUCACAUCACAAUCGCUGACACAGCGAUCCGGAUGUAUCGAGAGAGGCAUCAAUCAUGAGCUAGUGAGAGGGGUUUGUGAACGCCCGGACAAUAUGGUGAUGUGGGUCCUAGAGGCAACGAUGGGGCUCAGAGA